ACUGCACCACACGGAGGUGAGAAGAGUGAAAAAAGUCACGUAAGGAGCGGAUUAGGGUGGAGGUUUAGCGCCAAUUUAAAUGAACUCCUGACUGACGUCACACCGUCGACUCAUCUGUUCAGUGCAAGGCGCGAGCUCAGCUCAGAUACCGAACAAAGCGGCCAGAAGUCCAAGCAGCAGCCACGCGCUCAUAUUUAGUAACUGAUACUGAGAAGAGUGAACUUCAAGGGCAGAGACCUGAGGUUUGCUCUGAACGUUUGAGCGGCCUUUCAGAGGAUAAUGCGGGGACAACAGGAAGAGAAUGAACCGAAGUCUGCCGCAGUCGGAGCUCCCAAAGAGAAUACAGUACGAACGAGAAAGAGGAAGGCAGAUGUUGCUAUUUUUUUGCCAGACCUGGAUGAAGACUCAGACGUGAUGACAAAGAAAAAGCACUGUGAGGCUGAGCAGGUGAGCUGCAGUCUUGAGGUGGACUGCAGAAGUCCUCACAGCUGGACCUCCACUCCCCCUCAGGAGGAGGACCGGCAGGGCUCUCUGACCAGUGCGGGCCUCUUUCACUACAACUUUCACAACAUCUUCGUAACACCGGUUCACUGCACUCCGCUCCCCAUGCUGUGCUGGGCCAGUAAGGAUGUGGUGUGGAGCAACAUGCUGAAGAAGGACAGGACCUACUCUAAGGACACCCACAUGCUGGAGAAGCAUCCACAUCUGGAGCCCAAGAUGAGGGCCAUCCUCCUGGACUGGCUUAUGGAGGUAAGCGAGGUGUACAAACUGCACAGAGAGACGUAUCACCUCGCUGUGGACUACUUUGAUCGCUUCAUGGCCACACAGAGGAACCUCUUCAAAUCCACACUGCAACUCAUUGGCAUUACGUGUCUUUUCAUUGCUGCCAAAAUGGAGGAGAUGUAUCCACCAAAGGUCCACCAGUUUGCCUAUGUUACAGACGAAGCCUGCACAGAAGAUGAGAUUCUCAAUAUGGAGAUCAUUAUCAUGAAGGAGUUGAACUGGAGUCUCAGUCCACAGACGCCCAUCUCCUGGCUCAACGUCUACAUGCAGGUGGCCUACCUGAAGGACUCUGAGGAGCUGCUGAUCCCCAGAUAUCCUCAAGAGACCUUCACACAGAUCGCUCAGUUGCUGGAUCUGUGUAUGCUUGAUGUGAGGUGCCUCGAGUUUUCCAAUGGCAUCCUUGCUGCGUCUGCACUGUUUCACUUUUCCUCACUGGAGCUAGUGGAAAAUGUCUCAGCUCUCAAGAGGGUGGAGUUAGAGGAGUGUGUGAGGUGGAUGGUCCCGUUUGCCAUGGUGCUGCGAGAGGCUGGUGGCUCACCAAUGAAAACCUUCACUGGGAUCGCUGCAGACGACAUGCACAACAUCCAGAGCCACUCGUCAUUCCUUUCAUUGCUGGCCAAGGCCCAGUCCUACCACAGCGUGGACCUGAAGCAUCCCAGCAGCUGUCCUGUUCCCUCUGGCGUCCUGACUCCGCCUCUGAGCAGUGAAAAAACCGACGAGCUGAAUGGAGCCGAGGCUUCAGGACCCACAGUCAGACCACGGAUGUACACGCCUCCCCUCCAGACUCACCUUCCAGAGUAGAAAACACUUCAACCUAGAGCUGAACGACAGACAGAUUGCAAAGCUAUGCUGUUUAGAAGGACACAGGAGGUUCUCAGUGCUUCUGUAGAGAGACUGGCUUCAGUUAAAGAUGAGGUCGAAGCUCCCUGACCUGCAGCAACGUCACCGACUCAACCCUUCCUUCAGUCUGCAAGCAGAAAUGGGAGUAGGACGAUGUGAGGCAAUCCGUUAGGUUCCGAUGCUCAUUUCCUAUGCAGGGACAAUAUAGAGGUGACAUUUUGCAGAUUCUUUACUUGAUUGUGUGCAUGUGUUUUAACAGUGAUUGGUGUGUACAUAAUUGUUUUUUUCUACUAUAUGUAUUUUUAGCAUUUUUCGUCUCAUUUGCCCAAUAACUAUUUCUAGGGUCAUAUCUGGUCCUAUGUGCUGCUAUGAAAUGGGCUUUGCAUGAUGGGAAAUGUUUGUGUGCAAGAAAUGGCAUGUUCUUCUUUAGUUUCCUUCUCUGGUGUUGUCGGCUGAAACGUGACCAGCGGCCGUGUCUUUGGGACCAGUAGCUUGGCUACCUCAAAGGACAAGUGAACCAGCCAGGCUUUAAAAGCUACAACAUUGAUUGUAUUUAAUUUCUUUUUUUUUCAUCACACUUUGCAGUUUUUUUUUUCUCCCCAUCAAAAUGUCAGAUUUGUAUUUUUCUUUUUUUUUUAAUGCAUAUAUAUAUAUAUAUAUAUAUAUAAAAUGCUGCUACAUGUUUUACAUUAAAAGUUCUUAAGAUUUUUGUGAUAUCCAUGGAUUAGCCUUUUCUAAAGGCACUUUUUUAAGGUUAUAAAGUUUUAAAAUACUGUUAAAAUGUAAAAGGUGUUGUCUGCCUGUUUGUUCUAGAAUCACAAGACAGCCUAAUUCCACUAGGUGUCAGUGUAAUGCUUUUAGAAUUCAUAUUCCAUUCAUAGUAACAUAAUGUACUUUUGAAGUACAUGAAUGUACAUUAAGUUCAUUUUGGCCAACAAACUAUGGCCAGAUAUUUAUUUUUAAUCCAAUUUUUUAACAUUAUAGUAGGUUUACAAUAUAUCUUAAAUUUCAU